AUGUUAGUCUAUCAAGAUUUGCUCACAGGAGAUGAACUUCUGUCGGACUCUUUCCCCUACAAGGAAAUCGAGAAUGGAGCCCUUUGGGAAGUCGAAGGAAAGUGGGUUGUUAAGGGAGCUGUGGAUGUAGACAUUGGCGCAAACCCUUCUGCCGAAGGUGGUGAGGAGGAUGAAGGUGUUGAUGACCAAGCCGUUAAAGUUGUUGACAUUGUCGACACAUUUAGGCUACAGGAGCAACCUCCUUUUGACAAGAAGACCUUUGUGGCUUACAUCAAGAAGUACAUCAAGUUGUUGUCGGCCAAGCUGGAGGGCGAGAAGCAAGAGCAUUUCAAGAAGACCAUUGAGGGGGCCACCAAGUUUUUGCUCUCAAAGAUCAAAGACCUUCAAUUUUUUGUGGGGGAGAGCAUGCAUGAUGACAGCACUCUGGUGUUUGCCUACUACAAGGAAGGUGCAGUUGAUCCGACUUUCUUGUACUUUUCCCAUGGCUUGAAGGAAAUCAAGUGUUAA